CCUUUUCCCGCUUUCCCGCCCGUCACUCUUCAGUUCUUUUUUUCUUUCUUCUUCACACAGAAAAAAAAGAAAAGAAAAAAAAGCUAUAAAAUUAGAAUUAUUGGGAGAUGAUUGAGAAAUGUUGAAGAGAUACUUACUAUGGAGCUUAACACACCCAACAAAAACAAACAAUUAAUCCCUCUCUCUCAAUUUGAGGAUUCUCCUAUAUUUAAUUACAUCAACAACCUCUCGCCCUUUGAGCUAGUCAAGUCUGUGCAUGUUAGUACUGAUCAGACCUUCAACUCGCUGUCUCUUUCGUCCCCUCCUUCGGUGUUUGCUUCUCCUAAAUUCAUUUCGCAAAGAGACACUAAAUCAUUUAGUAUUAAAAGGCGUCAUUUCUUAGAUGCGGUGAAACCCGAGAGCCUUAAAAGUAGAGAUGAAACCAAUGCAAAUGAAGGGGUUUCGGAGACUGAUGACCAAUUGGGAUACUUUAAUGCUAAUACUUCUGCUAAUGAGGGUAAUGAUGCUGAGCAGAAUAAUGAUCACUUGCGCCUGACAAUUCAGCUUCCAAACGUGUUGGAUAAAGAUACUGCUAACCUUGAUAGGAACAUUGUGGCUAUUGAUGCAAUUAGCACAGAUAAUGUGCCAGGAAAGUUGGAUAAACCAAUUGAGUUACAUUGUUCCUAUGAGAGUGAAAAACAUUUGCGUAAUAUUUGUCGAAUUGAACAAGGUGAAGAUGAAGCGGGAGGUGAUUGGGUGACAUCGAUUUCUAAUGUGGCUGAUAUGUUGUACUUUGAUUCAUCCAUUGUAGAAGAACAACAUGAAGAACCGAAAAUGGUGGAUCCUGGGACAAUAUCCUUUGUCUCAAACGUACUGCAGAUUCCGCAGGAUAAUAUCAAUGAUUUGGAGAGUCUGGAAUCUACUGAUUGUGUUGGUUCUUUAGAACAGAAAGUGGGAGAAUCAGUAACUCAGUCCAAAGAAUUAAUAACUAAGAAGGAUGCAGAUAAAAUACCGGUUCUACUUUCUAGCUCCGUGAACAAGGCAGUUGUUAGCGAUGCUGUUACAUCAGCGGAUGUCAAGGGGAAAAAGCGCCAAUCCAGCUCCAAGGAUGUUUUUCAGCAGCAGAAUAGAAUACGAAGACUGGUUUUUGAGAUGGCUGGAGUGCAUAAAAAGAAAUCAAUUUCUAUUUGUGAUGGCACUUCUCCAGUAUCACCUCAGCCAGACUUUGAAGUCGCUUCUAUCGAAAAAUAUUCAACUCCAAGAAUAUCCAUAAUAUCAAAAAAAGGUAUUGGUUUGCACUUGAAUGCACUGACAGCUACUUCAGUUGAUGAUAUGGCUGUCAAGAAUGUGACAUCAUCCUCUACAAAUCGUGAAACAUUGGAUACAGACAUGGUUCUUUGUGACAAUCAAGAUAAUGUUUUGGAAAAUGCCUCUCAAAUGUUGAUGGGUGGUGAUGAAGACAUUAGCAUCAAUAGUCCUAAAACGAAGAGGCUCAAACUGGAGCAUGUUGGGGCAUCCUGCAAGAGGUGCAACUGUAAGAGGUCAAAAUGCUUGAAGCUUUAUUGUGAUUGUUUUGCUGCUGGACUCUACUGUAUUGAGCCUUGUUCAUGUCAAGACUGUUUUAACAAACCUGCUCAUGAAGACAUUGUUCUGCAGACUCGUAAACAGAUUGAAUCUCGCAAUCCUCUUGCAUUUGCUCCAAAAGUGAUUAGAACUGCAGAUUAUGUUUCCGAACUUGCGGUUAGAAAUCCUCCCAUUGCAAUACUAUUGACGAUUGAGGACGACACUAACAAAACUCCAGCUUCUUCCAGACAUAAAAGAGGAUGCAAUUGCAAAAAAUCAAAUUGCUUGAAAAAAUAUUGUGAAUGCUUCCAGAGUGGCGUUGGUUGCUCUCUCAACUGUAGAUGCGAAGGGUGUAAAAACACUUUUGGUUGCAAAAAUGGCCAUGAAGAAAAUGAACUUGAAGAAGCAGAACUAGAAGCACUCGAGUAUAACAAAGAGGCUGAGAAAGAGCAUGCAGAUCUAUCAAGACCUUCAGAAACUGCCAGGUCUUCAAUUCAACUGCCAAUGGCUUUCAGUGGGCUACUGUCAAAAUCUCUUUCUGCAGUUGGUGCAUCGACUCAAAUGUGCACCAGCCAAAAGCUCGGAACAGAUGUUUUUCGCCUACCUAAAUCUGAAAAGCAACUUCAGGCAAUUCCUGAAGAAGAAACUCCUGAGAUAUUGACCGGCAAUUGCUCACCCAAAAGCAGUGUGAAGUCGGUCUCGCCAAACUGCAAAAGGGUUUCACCUCCUCAUCAUGGUUUUGGGGCAUUAGCUACUUGGAGGAGCAGCAGAAAGUUGAUCCUGAGAUCUGUUCCUCCCAUGCCGUCUCUCAACUCGCCAAAUCAGCAGCAGUGAUUAACUUCUCCAGCUGAAUGAUCUAGCUCAGGACGAUGAGUCAAAUGAAAAGUUUUCCGUGUAUAAUAUUAAUAGGUAAUAAUGAUAAGAAUUUAUUUCUCCCUUGAUAAAGCUAUUUCUCAUGGCAGCCUUGAGAAUUCAUGCUCUCUAUUUCUGUGUUAUAUGAGAUUUGAAGAUAAAUGGAGUGCCCUAGUAUAGCUAUAAACUUUAUUUAAGCUUUAGAGAGAUAUGUUAGUGCUUAUUUGUAGUAAAAUGAUAUAGAAUCUGUUAGUUUAUCUCCUUUUGAAUGCACCAAAUUAUUUUUGUUUGUA